UGUGUCGUUGCUAGGCAACAACUUUUUUUUAAUAAUAGGAGGCUGAGAAAAUCGAACAUAAACAAACAUCAAAGUCAAAUUAAUCAUAUACAUUUUGGCAUGGCAAGGCUGGCAUUGAUGUUUCAUGUACCUGUUUAUCAUACGAUUUCAUUUUCGCAAACUGUGUUUACAUUUUUUUUCGUUGUUUUCGUAUUGAUUUUGUGCGACAAAUAAAGAUAGAAAUGGGAUUAUUGGCGGGAAUAAAUUGCAUUAUGCUUGUAAAAGUACGGAGUUGUUAAUAGGCGACGAUCAAAGAAAAUUUUUAAUUAUGACGAGCUUAUAUUUCGAUAUCGCUGACAACCAGUGGCCGUUGAUUUAUCAUGAAAAGUAUAAUAUAUCGUUUUGGGGUCUCGAAAAACUGCAUGUGUUCGAUGCCAAGAAAUGGGGCAAUAUCAUAAAGCACCUGAAGGAAGGGUCCUUCAUAGAUGAUGAUGCCAUAGUGCAGCCAAAUGAAGCGCAGAAAAGUGACUUGCUUGUUGUACACACAAAGAAGUAUCUAAAGUCUCUCAAAUGGAGUGUGAACGUUGCAAUGAUAGCAGAGGUUCCUGUGGUGGCCUGUUUGCCCAACAUCUUAGUGCAACAUGCAUACUUGAGACCUAUGAGGUUGCAAACCGGUGGUUCGAUUCUUGGUGGUAAGUUGGCGUUGGAGCGGGGCUGGGCUAUCAAUGUGGGCGGCGGCUUCCACCACUGCAGCGGCGAGGCGGGCGGCGGCUUCUGUCCCUACGCCGACAUCACGCUGCUCAUACGCUUCCUCAUCAACGCUGGCAAGAUCGAGACCGCUAUGAUUGUGGAUUUGGACGCGCACCAGGGUAACGGCUACGAGCGCGACUUCAUCGGCGUGCCGGAGGUGUACAUAAUGGACAUGUACAACAAGCACAUCUAUCCGCGAGACAAGGACGCCAAGCGCGCCAUCCGCCGGAAUGUGGAGCUCAACACUCACGUGGAGGACCUCGCCUACAUGCUACAGCUGCGGCAAAAUCUCAAAGCGGCCCUGCAGGAGUUCAAGCCGGACAUUCUCGUUUACAACGCCGGCACCGACGUCCUCGACAACGACCCACUAGGUCUUAUGAGGAUCAGUGAAAUUGGCAUCAUCAAACGAGACGAAUUCGUAUUCCAAAUAUGCAGGGAGCAACGAAUUCCUAUAGUGAUGCUCACGAGUGGCGGGUACCUUCCAAAAACGGCCAAAAUCAUAUCAGACUCCAUCAUCAACCUUCACAACAAAGGCCUAAUAAGUGGGAAGCGAGAGAAAGGAGUCCAAUAGGGAAUCUCACGCAAAUAUAAUACUAAUAAACUGAAGACAAUGACCAGCCGUUACCAAUACCUACCGGUACCUGACAAUAUUAAAGUCCAUACAAUUUUCUACCACAAAGCGACAAGAUAAGAACAAAAUAUAAAUGCCCCGUUUCUUCUUGUGUACUUAUAAUAUGCUCUUUCUUGUGUGAGCGGAACAAAAUAUGUGUAUAGUAUAGAUACUAUACACAUAUUUUGUAAAAUACAACUUGAGUUAUAUGACAGCAGGAUGAACUGAUACAUUCGAAAUGAGAGCGACAGAGAAAGAUGUUUAUUUUCGUACUAUUUGACAUCUGUCAUUAUAAUCAAGUUAUUACGAACUAUACGUACUAUGAUGUUGGUAGUGUGCCAUCUGUGUCGGGCUUUGCGUAAUAUUCCCUAUUCCACGUAGCAUAUACUUAGAUGCUAUUUCGAGUCUAACUCGCUAUGGCAACACUGAACGCUGGAGUUGCUCCGAGUGAAACCCGAUAUAGCAACACUGGACGUCAGUGUUGCCAAUGAUUUUGGAAAAAAAAAUAUUCCAAUUUAGAAAUUUUGAUCUCAAGUGCCAAGUUUAUUUAUCGCAAAUCGAAUUUGCAAUUCUAGAAUAAAAUUCUAUAGAAAUCCAGUAUUACUAUGUGAUAUAAAAAAUAUAUUUAUUUACAUAUUCAAUGUUUAGCUUCGAAGUUUUAUUUUUCAAUAAAUACUGUUUUUUUUCUAUUGA